AUGUAUCUGAAGUCCACCUUCCAUUCCAUCCUCGCGAUGGCCCUCACCCUCGCUUUCUCAAGCCAAGCAGCACCAUCACAGUCGCUCACCUCACGCGCAACCUCCGACCUACCUAUAACAGCUCAACUAAAACUAGCAAACACAGCAACCGAGCGCUACGCCCUCCUCCCCAACGACACCGACUUCAUCUACGACUUCAGCGCCACCAACUCCAACAACGAAACCGCCCUCCCAAUAGCCAGCAGCCAGAACUGGCCCGCCCUCGUCGGCGUCGGCCUCUCCUUCAGCAUCUCCCAGCUACCAGCAUGCACAAUGUCCUUCCUCCACCUGCACCCCCGCGCCACCGAACUCUUCGCUCUAACUUCAGGCCGCAUCCAAAGCUACAUGGUGCCCGAGACGGGCGUGGUCGACGCCACCGGCAACCAGCGCGUGGUCAGCACGGAGCUGACCCCGGGCACGGUCACGAUCUACCCGGCGGGAUCGUUCCAUACGCAGGUGAACCCGGACUGCGAGGCGGCGAACUUCACGGCGGCGUUCAAUUCCGAGGAGUUUGCGGUGGGGUUGGUCUCGGCGAGGUUGUUUGCGUUGCCGGAUGAGGUGGUGGGGAGGGCUUUGGGGGGCGUGGGCGCGGAGGAGGUACGGAGGAUUCGGGGGUUGGUGCCGGAUGAGGCUGCGUUGGUUGUGGGGGAGUGUGUGGGGAAGUGUGGGUUGGAGCAGUAG